AUGGCUGCCCACCACUCUAGAGCCCUUUGUCAUCCUCAGCUGGUUCAAAAGCGGCAGCUUUCUCAUCAAUUCCCUCUACUGGCACAGACGAGAAUGUCAAUAUCCAUUCAGUUCCAGGGCUCAGGCCUGAACCCAGAGAAUCACACGGUGUGCUUUUUGUUAGAGAAAGAGAAGAAGACAAACUCCAGUGUCUCUUCUAAGAUUGAAGAUCUUUAUAGUAAAAGGGAAAUUUCGUCUUAUCUGAACAGAACUUCAAAGAAUUCACUUCGUGGCUUUGUGGUGGUGGAUGAGUCUGACCUUCUCACGUCUCCCGCCAUCAGCACACAUAGCAGGUAUAAGGACACCAGUAACAAAAAGAUCCAGUCCACCACCUUGGAAUCAUCAGAGGAGAACUUCUCCUCUAAAAAACUGAAAACAGAUAUGGAUGAAGGCCGUUUUGAGCGGCUCCCUUUGAAGCCCUCUAGGGACAUUGCUGGCCUGGAUUCUAUUUUGAAUGUGAAGACAUCAGCUGGUCAAAAGGAUCUUGUCAGGCCUACAGUCCAUCCUGAGUUAAACCAGCUGACUGAAGAAGGUGUCUUACUUCCUUCAAAGAGCUUUGAUGUAGUUAAAAAGCCUUUGGUCAGUCUUCACUCAAAAAAAGGAUAUGAAUCACUUGUAGGCAGUGGACAAGCUGACUACAAGCACUCAAGCAAGAAAACAGUUGCUUUCAAACAUGGUGAUGUUAUAUUAGGCAUGGAUGGAAGGAGAUACCAGCUCCUCAGUGGACCUCCAGGACCUGUUGGACCACCAGGCAAAAGAGGGUGUGCAGGGAAAAGGGGCUAUAUUGGAUACAAUGGUGAUAAGGGUUCUCAAGGAGUCCGAGGAGCAGAUGGACCAAGGGGCAUACCAGGACCUCCAGGUCCAUCAGGACUCCCAGUCCUCUACCUUUGGAGGAACACAGAGGAGGAUUGGGCUGCAUUUAGGAGAGAGACAGGACACCCUGGACCAAUGGGUGAGAUGGGGAGACCAGGUUUACCUGGGUUACCUGGAGACCCAGGUCAGACAGGACCACCAGGGCGAAGAGGCGAAAUGGGUGACAUUGGACCCAAGGGUGUUCGAGGCAGAGCAGGGACUCAAGGAAGAGAUGGAGAGAAAGGUCCAGAUGGGGUGACAGGAUCUCCAGGUGUCCCUGGCCUACAGGGUCCUCAUGGUUACAGAGGUGACACAGCGCCCCCUGGUGAGAAAGGAGAUGAGGGUUUUCCUGGUGCACCUGGCCCCAGAGGAGACAAUGGACAGACUGGCCGGAAGGGAGCACCAGGUGCUACAGGAUUGGUGGGUGCACAAGGUGUUAAUGGCUCAGAAGGGGAUAUUGGACCUGCUGGCCAUGUGGGGCGGAAAGGCCCUCAGAGAAUACACAGAGGAGGAAACCAUGCAAAAGCUGUUCUGAUCGUUACUUCUAGGGGCCGAGAGGGAUCGAAGGAAAUAGAGGCUCACCUGGUCAUCCAGGAUCACAGGGACUACAAGGUCAGGCUGGUCCACAGGGUCUCAAAGGUGACAUGGGGUCCGAGGGUCCAGCAGGUAAUAGAGGACUACAAGGCAUUGAAGGGCCCAUGGGCAAUAGGGGACCAGAUGGAGAGAAGGGUGACAGAGGACCCCAUGGGAAAGAGGGACCAAAAGGAGCGGCAGGGAUCAUGGGUCCUCAGGGUGAGAGGGGCCAGCCAGGCCUCCACGGCUUACCUGGUGUCAAAGGGUAUAGAUGGUGAAGUGGGUCUACAGGGAACACUUGGAAAAGAGGGUCAAAAGGUCAGAGUGCUUUAUCACGUUCAGGUGGAGUAA